AUGACUGUCCCCUACCCAUCGUCACCCGAUUUCAGCUCUGGAACCGAGACAUCCUCUCGAAGAUUUAUGAACGUCGUCAUUGUCACUUUGAUGAAGAUAGCUGACCAACUGCUGCGAGAUUCUCCACCUGUCGAGAAGAAUGUCAGACGUGAAGACUGGCGGCAUCCCUGCAUUGAUAGUGAAGUAUUCUGCCUGGAGCGACCCUCCCUCGCGGUUAAACCAGCCACGUGCCAAAACACUAUCUAUCUAUCUAUCUAUCUAUCUAUCUAUCUAUCUAUCUAUCUAUCUCAGUCAGUUCAUAUCUAUCUGUUACAUUCAGUUCAUAUCUAUCUAUCUCAGUCUAUUCAUAUCUAUCUAUCUAUCUAUCUAUCUAUCUAUCUAUCUAUCAUGCCUUUAAUAUCUAUCUAUCUAUCUAUCUAUCUAUCUAUCUAUCUAUCUAUCUCACUUUGUUCAUAUCUCUCUCUCUCUCUCUAUCUAUCUAUCUAUGUAUCUAUCUAUCUAUCUAUCUAUUUCACUUUGUUCAUAUCUAUUUAUCUAUGUCACUUUCUUCAUAUGUAUUUAUCUAUCUCAUUUUGUUCAUAUCUAUCUAUCUAUCUCACUUUCUUCAUAUCUAUCUCACUUUGUUCAUAUCUAUCUAUCUAUCUAUCUAUCUAUCUAUCUAUCUAUCUAUCUAUCUAUCUAUCUAACUUUCUUCAUAUCUAUCUAUCUAUCUAUCUAUCUAUCUAUCUAUCAGCGAAAGUAGGUCUAUCUAUCUAUCUAUCUAUCUAUCUAUCUAUAAUCAAGUACCAAAUAGACGGGGUAUCCAUACAAUCUAUCUAUCUAUCUAUCUAUCUAUCUAUCUAUAUCUAUCUAUCUAUCUAUCUAUCUACAUAUAUAUAUAUAUAUAUAUAUAUAUAUAUAUGUCUAUCUAUCUGUCUCUCUGUCUAUCCUCUCCAUACAAUUCUUUCUAUCUAUCUAUCUAUCUAUCCUUGUGUACCAAACAGACGGGGUAGUUUGAAUAGAAGGGAUAGCUGGAAUGUAAGUCAGUUCAUAUCUAUCUAUCUAUCUAUCUAUCUAUCAAUCUAUCUAUCUAUCUAUACUUGA